GUAGAAAGAGCUCUUAUCGGGCUUGAAUACAGCUGGGUGGGCGCCUAGUGGCCGCCUAUUACUCAAGGCACUGUGCUUAAAUACAGUGUCCCUAGGUACCCACUGCCAGGGCAUCUCCAGAUUCCAGGCAGCGUCCUGGCUACCUACAAUUAGGUACCUGUUUAGGUCCCUGAGCCUACCUAGGUACCUACCUUAGGCUGGCCAGUGGCACACUUUAUCACUAAACAGCCCUAAGCAGCACCCCGAGGUCUAGCGCUGAGCAUACCUAAGGUACGCUAAACGCACGCUGAGCUUGCCGCCGCCGGAAGCAGUUUUCAAGCCAGCCAAACACGAACUCCUAGCUAACCCCACUACCACCGACCUAGACAACGAACGGCCCGCAUAGAAAGCUCUCGAACUUCGUUGCCAAUUCUCAGCCCUGCUCGCAUAUAUCUGCCUUGUCUGCCCUCUCGUUGCUUGCCGGGGCAAUCAGACAGUCUACUUAUCCUAUCCCGAGUUCUAGCAACUCUUCUCCCGUAAAAGCUUCCUUGAUUCCCACAGUUCGUUCAGUUAGCUUUGCACUUGAACCUUGAUAUCGCCUGUUCGUCACACCCCGCAAUCACCAUGGCGUCUGCAGAUGAGCUCAAGACGUUGGGCAAUAAUGCCAUGGCCGCGAAGAACUUUGAUGAGGCUAUAGAUGCUUUCACCAAGGCCAUUGAACUAGCGCCCGAAAACCACGUCCUCUACAGCAACCGCUCUGCUGCCUACGCCUCCAAGAAAGACUGGGCAGGUGCUCUUAAAGAUGCCGAGAAGACGACAGAGAUCAAGCCCGACUGGCCACGAGGCUGGGGACGGAAGGGUGCCGCUCUUCACGGUUCCGGUGACUUGCUUGGAGCCAAUGAUGCAUACGAGGAGGGUCUAAAGCUAGACCCUAAUAAUGCUGGUCUGAAAAGCUCCUUAGCAUCUGUGAAGAGGGCCAUGGAACAAGAAGCUGGUGGUGCUGGCGGGUUCGGUGGUGAUGAUCCAAUGGGAGGCAUUGGCAAGAUGUUUAGCGAUCCCAAUCUCCUCACAAAACUCAUGAACAACCCCAAGACGAGUGGCUAUUUCUCCGAUCCUUCCUUCAUUGCCAAGGUUCAGGCACUGCAAAAGAACCCUCAGAACACCCAAGAACUAUUUAGCGAUCCCAGAAUGAUUCAGGUACUCGGCGUUGCCAUGGGCAUAGACAUGGACAUGCGCGCACCUGAAGAUAUGCCUGGCGGUGCUCCCGGAACUUCAUCGAAGGAAGCUGAGGAAGAUGUCGAGAUGCCCGACCGAAAGCCUUCACCAGCCACCAAGGCCCCUGAACCCGAACCUGAACCUGAACCAGAGCUUGACGAGGAAGCUCUGGAGAAGAAGAAGGCGAAGGAGGAGGCUGACAAGGAGAAGGCACUCGGCACUGAGAACUAUAAGAAGCGAAACUUCGACCAAGCUAUUGCACACUACACUAAGGCUUGGGAUCUACACAAAGAUAUUACAUAUCUGAACAACCUGGGCGCAGCCCAUUUCGAGAAGGGUGAUUAUCAGGCUUGCAUUGACGCUUGCACCAAAGCUAUUGAAGAAGGUCGCAUGAUCUACGCCGACUUCAAGAUGAUUGCUAAGUCGUAUGCCCGCAUUGGAUCUGCCUACGAAAAGAUGGGCGACUUGGCGUUAGCUGUUGAGAACUACCAGAAAUCUCUCACCGAGCACCGGACACCAGACACUGUCAACAAACUUCGCGCUGCCGAACGUAAGAAGAUCGAGGCGGACAAGUCAGCCUACGUUGAUCCAGCCAAGGCUGAAGAGGCCCGUGAAGAAGGCAACAAGAAGUUUAAGGAGCAGGACUUCCCUGGCGCAGUUUCCGCUUAUUCUGAAAUGAUCAAGCGUGCUCCUGAGGAUCCCCGUGGCUACAGUAACCGUGCUGCAGCCUUUGUUAAGCUUUUCGAGUUCCCCAGUGCGCUCGAUGACUGCAACGCCGCAAUCAAGAAGGACCCCAAAUUCAUCCGUGCCUACAUUCGUAAGGCGCAGAUUUACUUUGGCAUGCGCAAGUAUUCUGAGUGCAUUGAUGCUUGCAACGAGGCCACUGAAAUAGACAACAAGCACCACAACGGUGCCAACGCACGCGAGAUUGACCAACAACAGCAGAAGGCUUUGCAAGCCAUGUAUGCGGCUCGAGAGAAUGAGUCCGAGGAACAGACCCGAGAUCGCUUGAUGAAGGACCCAGAGAUUAUGUCCAUCAUGCAAGACCCUGUUAUGCAAUCCAUUCUUCAACAGGCUCAGUCGGACCCUGCUGCGCUCCAGGAGCACAUGCGGAAUCCCGCUGUAGCAAGCAACAUUCGAAAGCUGAUAGCUGCCGGCGUUAUUCGUGUCGGCCGAUAAGCGGUAUGAAUGGAACAAGGCGUUUACGGGAAACUGGCGUGGAACUGGUAAUUGAUGAUGAGCAUGCCAAAACUUCAUGAUACCAACUGAUACUGAACGAUAUCGAAUGUGAGCUGCUCUGUGUGUGCAUUGCAAAUUCUAGGUAGUGAAUGGUCAGGCUUUUAGGGACUCGCAAAUGCAUUGGAAUCGUUUUUGUCAAUUAAUCGAAUUUCAAAAUGAAACAAUAAACCAUAAUAACCAUAUGCUCCCUCCAAAAUUUCCGCCGUGUGACAGAUAUAUGCCUGCUUCGUAAAAUGUCUAAUUUACUCCUCGUAGAACCCUUCUGCU